AUGACUUCCCUUUCAAAAACCAUCGUCGCCACAGGUUUUUCGUCCGGCAUUGGCCUCGAAGUGCUCAAACAACUCUUGGAACAAGCAACUCCAUACAAAGUCAUCCUCGGCGCCCGCGACACCAAAUCUACCAAUGAUGCCAUUGCCAAAUUGCAGUACGACAAGGCCGCUAAUGCCGUGACCGUUCUACCCGUUGAGUUGUCCGACCUGAAGACCGUCCAGACAUUUGCCCAGCAGGCACUAGAAAAGGUUGGCACCGACAGGAUUGACUAUCUGAUGCUGAAUGCCGGCAUGUUGAAGGGCGGGGAAAAAGGGACUCAUGGCAAAUGGUGCGACGCUGCUCUUAUCAACCAUUUUUCGCAACAUUAUUUGACGCAUUUACUUCGUGAGAAACUGGUUGCAUCUAAAUCACGGGUUGUUGUCGUUUCUUCCGGUGCUGUUCGCAACAUUGACGAUCCAGCUACCCUCGAAGCAACCCUCGCGAAUGGUUCUGGCGCAGAACCCUUCCCAGUCUACCGCGCCAGCAAAUUCGUACAACUCCUCGGAGCGCACUGGUGGCGACGCCAGCUCCAGGGCCAGUGUGAUGUUGUCGCCGUCUCGCCCGGCUUGAUUCCUCACACAGGUCUUGGACGUGGCUCGGGGAUCGAAAUUCCCGCCCAUUUGCCGGAUGCAAAGUCUGUACCCGAGGGCGCACAGAGCAUCAUCGCGGCAAUGUCGCGCAGCGACUUUCCCGAGGAUAGGGACAGGAUCUUCCUGACCAGCUGGGGUGAGUGGUGGGAGAAGAAGGUUAUUGAGAGGACGGUGGACAAGGAGCUGCAGGAUAAAUGGUCGCCGAGUAGGGAGGAGCUGGAGAAGGAUGCUGGAAUUGCAUGA